AUGAGUGGAAGCAGCCUCUCCUGGGCCCAGGCCCUUCUCCAGCCGACCGUGUGCGAUGCCUGGAAGGAGCACUCGGAGGGAGCAGCCUACCACCUGGCCAGCUGCAUUGUGCUCCUGGGGUACAUGGGGGGAAGUGGCAUCUUUGGCUCCUUCUUUAUCUUCGGCCUGCUGGCCCCUGGCUACUUCUGCUAUGCUCUGUGGGGCUGGCUGAGCGCCUGUGGGCUGGAUAUCUUCGUGUGGAACAUGCUGCUUGUCCUGGUCUGCUUGCUGCAGCUGGCUCACCUGACUUACCGGCUCCGCAAAGAUGUCAUCCCAGAAGAGUUUGACCUUCUCUACAAGACCAUGUACCUGCCCUUGCAGGUGCCCCUGGAGGUCUACAAAGAAGUUGUGAAGUGCUGCGAAGAACAAGUGCAGUCGUUAGUUAGGGACCAGAAUUACGCAGUGGAGGGCAAGACGCCCAUCGACCGCCUCUCGCUGCUGCUCUCUGGCAGGAUCCGAGUGAGCCAGGAUGGACAGUUUCUGCACUAUAUAUUUCCAUAUCAGUUCUUGGACUCUCCGGAAUGGGAGUCGCUGCGACCCUCCGAGGAAGGAACUUUCCAGGUCACACUGACAGCUGAAACUGAUUGCAGUUAUGUCACCUGGCCAAGGAAGAAGCUGUACCUCCUCUUGAGGAAAGACCGCUACAUUGCUCGCCUCUUCUCAUCCCAUCUUGGUUAUGACAUCUCGGAGAAGCUGUACUCCCUCAAUGAGAAGCUCUUUGCCAAGUUUGGCCUUCGCUUUGAUAUCCGCCUGCCGAGCCUCUACCAUGUCCUAGGACCAUCUUCCUCAGAGGCAGAGGGGGAACUGGAGGAGCAUGAGGAGCUGCCACCUCACCCUUCACCUGACUGCGUGCAGUCCAGCACCUCAGAGCCUCCUCCACAGCCACCACCGCCUCCCCCUGCUCCACAUCCCAGGGCCUCCCGGCCUGACAGUGACCUGCUGGCCCCUGGAAACCUUCUUGGGAGCUAUCCUCCACCUCUCUUCAAAGGACGAGCCCCUCUGGCUCCCACCCAGACCCCUGAACUGUAGGGAGCAGCAGGCUGUGCGGAUCCCGAAGCCCCUCUGGGGCUGUGUGUGCUCACAUGU